AUGGCCACGCCCGGCCCGAGGGCGGUCAAGACGACCGAGGGCGUCUUGACAACGGCGGAUGGACAGGCGCUGUAUACAAAGGCCUGGGAGCCACCUCCAGACGCGGCCAAGGCUCUCCUGGUCUGGCUACACGGGUUCAGUGACCACUGCAACACGUUCGGCGACUUCUUCGAGGCCCUGGCGAGCCACGGCAUCGCCGUCCACUCGCUGGACCAGAGGGGCUGGGGCCGGUCGGUGGCGCGGCAGUCGGACAAGGGCCUGACGGGGCCGACGGAGACGGUGCUGUCCGACAUGACCGACUUCGUCAGGGCGCUGCCGCAGACGGACCUGCCGCUCUUCCUCGGCGGGCACAGCAUGGGCGGCGCGCAGGCGCUGCUGUGGGCGGCGCGGGGCCCGGCCAAGACGAGGCUGGCCGUUCGCGGCUACGUCGUCGCGGCGCCCUUUCUCCGCUUCCACCCCAGCAUGGCGCCGCCGCGGGUCAUUGUCUGGCUGGCGCGCGUGCUGGCGCGCUGGUUGCCCAACCAACAGCUCUACAACAAGCCGCGCCUCGAGCGCCUGUGCCGCGACGGCGGCGUGCGGCGGGCCAUGGCCGACGACCCGCUCCUCCACAACUUGGGCACGCUGCAUGGCGUCGCCGACAUGAUGCGGCGCGGCGACGAGAUUGCCGACGGGCUGCACGACCUGCCGGCGGCCGAGGACGAGGCCACGAGCCUGUGGAUCGGCCACGGCAGCGGCGACCGCAUCGUCUGCCCGGACGCCGUCAGGGACUACUUUGCCCGCUCGCGUGUCGAGGACAAGCACCUUCGCACCUACGAGGGCUGCUACCACAACCUGCACCAGGAGCCGGGCCGGCACAAGGCUGACUUUGCAAGCGACGUCGUGGCGUGGAUCAGCGAGAGAGCGUAG